UCUGCAUCUGACCCGCGCACGCAGCUGUUCGUGUCCAAUCUGCCCUAUCGAGUGCGGUGGCAGGAUCUCAAGGAUCUCUUCCGCAAGGCCGGCACCGUCCUGCGCGCCGACGUCAGCCUCACGCCCGACAAUCGAUCCCGCGGCCAUGGCACGGUGCUCCUCGCCACCGAGGACGACGCUGCCCGGGCCUGUGAAAUGUUUAGAGGUUUCACGUGGCAAGGCCGCACGCUGGAGGUGCGCAUCGAUCGAAUCCUGCCAAACCACACUCGAGUCAGCUCCAUGCCGCGCUUGGCUCGCCUCUUCCACCGCCACCACUCCAGGCCCAGCAGCAGCAGCAGCAGCAGUCCCAGCAGCAGCAGCAGCAGCAGUCCCAGCAGCAGCAGCAGCAGCAGCAGCAGCAGCAGCAUCCUGUUUGUGGGCAAUCUCCCCUUCCAUUGCCAGUGGCAGGACCUCAAGGAUCUCUUUCGCGCCGCAGGCGACAUCCAGCGCGCAGAUGUCGCCUUGGGCCCCGAUGGCCGCAGCCGAGGCUUCGGCACUGUCCUCUUUGCCACCGCCGAGGAUGCGCAGAAUGCUGUUCGAAUCUACCAUGGC